GAAGGGGCGGAGCCAAGAGAAUGAGCGAAUGGGAGGGCGGUCACGUGGGGGGAAAAUGGACCCGGUGCUUUACGUCUUGGCGGCGGUGCUGCUGGCUGCGCUCAUCGUCUUCGUCACCCGCGUCCGGGGACAGGCUCGCGCCGCCGAUGAAGAGCACCAGCAGAAUGUGGCCGUGGCGGCUGCAGGGAGACCUCAACCCCUCGCCCCUGAGCGAGGGGAGGGGAUGCCCAGGCGCCGGCGGAACAUGGGGAGCAGACUCCUGGCUCAGAGGCGGGCACAGCAGGCGGAGGAUGCUGCGGAAGACGAAAACGACGGAGCCGAAACAGCAGAGCCCCACGUUUCCGGGAAGAUCGGCGCGAAGAAGCAAAGAAAGCUAGAGGAGAAGCAAGCCAGGAAAGCGCAGCGGGAGGCCGACGAGGCCGAACGUGGGGAGCGAAAGAAGGCGGAGCAAAAACGGGAGGAGGAGCGGCAAAAAGAGGAGGAGCGUCUUCGCCAGGAAGAGGAACGGAAGGAAGAAGAGAAGAGGAAGGCCAAAGAGGAGGAGGAGCUGCGGGAGCACGAGGAAUACCUCAAGCUGAAGGAGAGCUUUGUCGUGGAAGAAGAAGGGGUCGAUGAAGCCAUGUCGGAGGAAGAGUCCCGUAGCUUCCUCACGGAACUGCUCAACUACAUUAAGAGCAUGAAGGUGGUUCUUCUCGAAGACCUGGCUUCUCACAUGGGACUAAGGACACAGGAAGCAAUUAACAGAGUACAAGACCUGAUGGCAGAUGGAACGCUAACAGGUGUUAUCGACGACCGUGGCAAGUUCAUCUACAUCACGCCGGAGGAGAUGACAUCGGUGGCCGAGUUCGUUCGCCGGAGGGGCCGCAUCUCCAUCACCGAACUGGCUCAGCAAAGCAAUUGUCUCAUCAACCUGGAACCCGAGACCCGAGCAGUCGCUAAGGGAGCGGCCUAAGAAAACCGGUAUCCCCCUACAGGGAAAUAAACUGGAUCGGGAACACA